AUGUCUAUGGACACUAAAAGAAAAUGGAAUAAGUACUUCGCUUACACAGGAGAUGUUGCAAAUUACAACAUUGAAUACGAAGAUUUCGAGUAUGCCAAACAUGGUGCAUUGGUCAAUGCUUCUUUCGCUGAUAUGGUACUGAACAAUGAUACAAAAUUUCCUGCAUAUGUUUGCCAGAAUGCUGUUUCGAAUCUAUUGAUCCAUGGUGUUAAAAACGAUUAUUUAGUUGAGAAAUAUAAACCUUUCUGGUUAAUCGGUUAUUCCAUGGUUAACCUCUCCUACCAUGACUACGGAGAAGAGUUUCGCUCUAGUGACCUAGAGUACAUGGCACAGCUGGCGGCUUGUUUACAAAUAUGGACAGACAAAAGAUUAUGGAAACGUUUUAACAAAAAUGAUGUUGAUGUGGUUCGAUUUGCUCAUCAAUGUGGUAGGCACGAGGAGUUUAAGGAACUUAAAGACUUUUUAAUGAAUGGACGUCAACGCUUCAUCCGUAAGCAUAUGGAUUUAAAUAAAGGGGAGAUGCUUGAAGACGACAUAAAAGGAAGUGCUGAUGAUUUUUAUAAGCCAUUGUGUGAUCAUCAUCCAUUAUUCAGUUACGAAGAAAUAGAUGUGGCAGAUAUUUUAAAAGAUAUACUGACCUCUGAAGACUGA